AUGCAUCGUCUUUUUACUGAGCUGGAGCCAUCUAUUACUGUCACCGAGCAAAACCUGGCAGACCGAGUUCGGUAUAUCUUACGCUCAAAUAUAUUUGAUGGAGCCGAACUCGAACGGCUACGACGUGAGGCUGUUCCCUCAUCAAAUGAAAACGCUACGACUGAGGGUGCGGUGCCACAAGUUGCAGAACAACCCGCACACGUGAAUGCCGCCGAGAAUACCCCAGUGGUUGCUGAUUCAAAUGAUGAAGGAACAUUCACCCAGGAAAUAGAAAUAGAGAAAAUGAGGAGUACAUUGGAAGAGGCGAUUAUGGAAACGCGCAGUACGCCUCUCGAAAAUCGACCGCGACUUCCCCGCAUAGCCCUAAGCAAGCGGAAUCGGGCUGUCGUGAGGGCUCUGAACCCAAUGCUGGUGACCUAUUUGGAAGCCAGCCGGGACCUUUGCGAGACGGACUCAAUUCUCUUUGGCGCCGCACUGGCAGUCUGCCGUAUUAUAGGCGCCAAACUUUCCACGGCUGGACGCACUACUGGACAAAGUAGUGCUAUCCCAGCCUGGAGAACAAGAAUUGAAGAACGUAUCGCAAAGGCUAGGGCCCUCAUCGGCAGACUGAUAUGCUUCAGGUCAGGCAAUACCAGGCCAAGGAUUGUGCGCACCGUCAGGAUGGCGUUUGCUGGGACAAAUGUUAGUUUGUCCCAGCCGGAUAUAAUGCAAAAACUGACGGAGGGUAUAGACGACCUGAAGCAGAGAAUCGCUGCUUGGGGAAAGCGAAUUCGACGAUAUACCGAGAGGUCGACACGGUUCAACCAGAAUCGUCUCUUCCAGAGUGAUCAGAAGAGGCUCUAUAAAUCAUUGGAGCGACCAAUGGUAAGUGGAACGGGCCCAGUACCGAAUCAGGCCGACACGGUCGCAUUCUGGCGCAGCCUGUGGUCAGAGCCCGUAAACCACAACGAGGGCCCUUGGACGGAAGUUGUGGCGAGUCAGUGUGCGGGUAUUACGCCCAUGGACCCCGUCACCAUAACGCCGGAUGACGUAGCUGAGGCGGUCCGUAGGGCCCCGAACUGGAAAAGUCCGGGACUCGACGGGCUGCAUCACUACUGGCUGAAGGGGUUCGUGGUGUGUCACACUGUGCUCGCCCGACAGUUUCAAGAGGUUCUCAACCAGAAGUCGCUCCCGAGCCUCUUCACUACUGGGAUCACCCAUUUGGUUCCUAAAGGCCAGGAGCUGGAGCCAUCUCUAUCCGUCACUGAGCAAAACCUGGCAGACCGAGUUAGGUACAUCCUGCGCUCCAACAUAUUUGGUGACGCCGAACUCGAGCGACUACGACGUGAGGCUAUUCCUUCAUCGAAUGGAAAUGCUACGGCUGGGAAUGCGGCGCCACUAGAUGCGCAACAAACUGCAUAUGUGGAUGCUACCGUCAACAUUCCAUUUGUGGCUAAUUCAGACGAUGAUGGAAUAGUCUUCCACGAACUAGAGAAAAUGAGGAGCAUAUUGAAGAGUCAAUGCUGA